UACACACACACACACACUGCUGCUAUUCAGCGCGCACACUUGACAGGACACUGUUUGUGGUUGAUUUGUUUUUUUCGUAUGACUGACGAGCAUUGUUUCGUCCAGUCAAAGAUCACAUUCAAUUUAAGUGUUUGGAUGCGCGCAAUUCGCUUCAAUUCGCAUGUAAUUCAAUUGAUUAACGUCGGCGACAAUAUGCGCAUUGAUGAAUCAAACCGUCAAACACUUUGAUUAGAAUAGAAAUGCACGCGGCAGUUAUCAUUUUAUUGGUGUAUUUAAUCUAGUGCACCUAAUUUUAUUGAUGCGUCGAUGUUAAGUGCAAACCGCACUCGACUAAAAGAUGCAGGGCAUGUUAAGGGAUGUUUUGCGAAUGGUUAGACCGCUGUAAUUGCGCGUGGGCGUGGGUGGAGUUUGCAAGGGUGCGCGCGAAGAACGUCGCGCGCGGAUUGGUGGAUGCGCGUCGCGACUCGAUUAGGGGGUUUCCCGCUAUAAUCUGCGGGAUAUCAAGCGUUAACGCCGACAUGAUACAUCGCCGGGGGAUGAAACCGAUGUCGAUUUAUGCACAGAUUCGCCAGUUUACGUUUUGUUUUCCUGCCGCUCCCGCGAGGAUUCUCGCUAGGAUCUUGCUAUACGGUCACUUGUAAGCGUCGUCCGACGGGGUUGUGAUGAAAACUCGGCAGGCUGCGUUCUGAAUAUUAAAAAAAGUGUAAAAGUUUAUUUUCAAUCAAAAUUUAACAUUUUGGAUGUUUAACAACUUGAUGGCAUCGACCUUAAACUGCGCUGAUGACAAAGCGAUGAAACUCAGCAUGCAGGAUAAUCACAAAUCGUUUUUAAUUCGUGAUUUGCUCGGUGAUGUUUUGAAUUCAACAAGAAAUCAAGCAGACGAUGCAGAACAUGUGAGUGUUGAUGCGGACGGUGGCGGGUCCGAGACAGAUGGAGAGCGUUUUUACCGAGUUGGCGGCAUCGGCGAUGACAAUGUAGGCGGGCCGGAGGCGGUUGUUGAUGCCACGGCGAAGAGUCGCAAGCCUCGUCGCCGUCGGACGGCAUUCACCCACGCCCAGCUUGCAUUUCUCGAGCGGAAGUUUCGCUGCCAGAAGUAUCUCUCCGUCGCGGAUCGGAGUGACGUUGCUGAUUCGCUUAAUUUGUCUGAAACACAAGUGAAAACUUGGUACCAAAAUAGAAGAACAAAGUGGAAGCGUCAGAAUCAACUGCGACUCGAACAACUGCGUCAUCAAGCGUCAGUUGAGAAGGAGUUGAUUUCCAGCGGCGGAUUGCGUGGUCAGGACGUGCCAUCCUGCUGUCCACAGACAGGUCUGCCGAGGUAUGGCGCACAAAGUCCUUGCUCGUUUCUCACCUCUGCAGCGGCCGCUAUCUUUCAUAACGUAACUUACGUACAUGGAUGUCAAAUAUAAUCAAAUUGAUUUUUCGUUGAUUUUCGUUUUGUACAAAUUGCUUCUAUAAGCUAAGCUUAUUUCGAAUGUAUUGUGAGGUACUAGGUGAGUAGAACUGUUGUCUUGUUACAUUUAUGAUUAUUGUGUAUAAUAAAAUAAAGAAACAAUUA